UGAGACUUGGGAGGCACGCUCCUCCUUUUCUGUGUGUCUGACUAGAAUGGAGAAACAGGGGUUUGGGGUUUCUGCGUUCCUUUUAAGCGACAGAGAAAAAGGCUCGACGCAAUCUAGUAUAUCUUUGAAGAAAGGAGAAGUGAAGCAAGCCAUCAAACUCGUCUCAUAUUAUCAUAUCCUGCUCGAGAUGUUGACUCAACCACCAAACUCGCCAGUCAAAUUGAUACACGAUUCAGCCGAUACAUUGAAAUCGGAGGCGACGGAGAAUGGAGUGGUGGUGGUGGAUCUCCAAGAAAACGCAGCCAACUGGGCUGAGGUAGUGAAGGAGGUUGCGAAACUGGAGACAAAUAUCUUUCCUGGGUACGAAUCACUAUUUACAUACACUGAGGAACAACUCAGGCACAAGAAAUCUGAAUUACUCUAUGUGGAGGUUGAUGGAGAGAUUGUUGGCUAUGUGAUGUAUUCUUCUCCUCCUUCAUUGUCUGUUACCAUACUCGAACUCGCAGUGAAAGAGAGCUGUAGAAGGCGAGGUUAUGGAGAGGCAUUGCUGAAAGCUGCUAUCAGUAAAUGCAGAGCCAGAAAUGUUAAACGUGUAUUGCUCCAAGUCGAUCCCUUGAGGAUUUCCGCUAUGGAGCUCUACAAGAAACUUGGUUUCCAAGUUGAUACCUUCAUAAAAGGAUUUUACUCUACUGGUCAAGAUGCUUACGCAAUGUACUUGGAAUUUGAUUCUGAUUAGCAGGUUAUAAUUUCGGUUUAUUGUUUGAAGUGAUCCAUUCAUGCACAACAUGGAUUUGAACUUGUAUGUUGAGGUCACGAUAACAUGACCAUGUAAUAAACCAUGUAUUGAGCUCCCAAAGUUGGGCACUGAAAAAGCAUUUCGUCUUCAUCUUCCAACCCUUUUAAAGAGUUCCAUCACAUUUUAAUGCAGAGGAGCAGCAAGAAUCGGGAAGAAAUAAUAAACAUAAUUAUGUAUAGAGAAUGGAAACUGGGCUUCCAAAUUGAUACCUUCAUACAAGAAUAUUACUCUGCCGAUCGAGAUGCCUAGGCAAUGUACUUGGAGUUUGAUUCUGAUUUACAGGUUAUUGUACACAAUUUCAGUUGCUUGUUUAAUAAACCAUGUAUUGGGCUCCCAAAGUUGGACACUGAUUAGCA